AUGAAAACUGGAAUACAUUCUUAACGGAAAAUGUUUUUUUUUGUCUCUUGCACUUGAGGUUGUUGCUGAUUUUUCAAGCACAGUGCAAAAGUUUCUUGGUGCAAUGGUUUCCUUGUCAGUGUAUGCAAUUCUACCUGUAAGCGUUUUGCUGUGGGUUGUGACUCCCUCUGUCUCAGACAAAUGUAAUGGCUACAAUGGGUACCCUGGUGUGCCAGGCAUCCCAGGAACUCCUGGCACAAAUGGAAAUAAUGGAUUAAAGGGGGAUAAAGGAGAUCCUGGAGAAGACACACAUCCACUGAAGGGUGCCAAGGGUGAACUGGGUGCUGUUGGGCGCCCUGGUAGACCAGGACUCAAAGGGAACAAAGGAGGACCAGGAGCAACAGGAAAAAAGGGUGCAAAAGGUUCAAAGGGGGCUUUUCAGUCGAUUUCAGAUGUUACGCCUUUUUUUUUCUCUAAUAAAAAAAGGGCGAAUUCCAGAACAGGUUUAGCUCAGCAUAAAAUACUUGACUUUGAAGAACAAGUCUUUACCGAGAAGGCUGGCCUUGAUCUCAAUGAAGGUCUUUUCACAGCCAUAAAGCGAGGUGUUUAUUACUUUGCGUACCACGUGUCUGCAGGGAACAAUGCCUGCCUGUGUAUUAAGAAGAAUAAUGCAGUGGUUAUAAGCUUCUGUGAUUUUUCUGAAGGAGUGCAGCUGACCUCUGGGUCUGUGGUCCAGGACCUGCAGGUAGGGGACACUGUAGGGUUGUAUGGAUGCACGAGAGUGAGUCAGCUCAUGACUUCUAAUGCUGAUAGCACAUUUACUGGCUUCCUGUUAUUUCCUUCAUAAGAAUUUAGAGUAAUAAAGCAGUUUAAGUGUCUUGCCUAAUUUUUUUUUUUUUUUUAGACAGCUGAUUUUAAAUGAUUAGUUCUCGACUCUCUUUGCUUUUCAUCCCACACUUUUCAAUGUCUUAUCAAACAACUUUUGGUUUUAAUCAAUAACAAAUGGAUUUAAAGUGUUGCAUACAUCCCUAUGUAAUCAAAUGGCUGACAAUUUAAUACUCAUAAAGUUGAAAUAAAUAAAUAAUAAUAAUUUGCA